CAUAACCUCCAAAUCCUAUCAUAACAUAACCUAUAUUAUGUUCAAACGUGGUUCUGUAAAAUGGAUUUAUUCGUCGUAAAUAGGUAUGAUGGGGACAAAACAAUCACUGAAGAAGAAGAAAAGGCAAAGUUGGACAGCGUUCUAAAAAGAAUCGAAAGAAACCGUAAAUUAAGACAAAAUCAGAAAGAAAAGGAGAACAAAGUGAAAGAAGCUAAGAAGUAUGCAAUUGAACAGAGACAAUUGAAAAAAAUAAAAAAGGCAAGCUUUAUCGCAGUACCUGAAAAUGCUCACUCAGAGUAUAUUGCAAAAGAUGAAAUUGCAGAAAUAGAGGACGAAAAGAAAGUUGAAGUAGAAGAAAUACCGAAAAACAAAAAGCAAAAGUUGGAUCCCACUGCAAUAGAAGGUUUUACUAUACUGGGCUUGGAAACGUUCGACAAAAAAGCAAAAGUAAAAAGAGUGCUUCCAAAAUGGUUAUCCACUCCUACGGUAAUAUCUGUGAACCUACAGAACUUACAAACCAAAACUUCAGAGUUAAAAAUCCUUGACAAGUCAUUACGAAAACUACUCAAAGAAAACAAUGUUAAGCACCUCUUUCCAGUGCAAGCCAAAGUAAUACCAUGGCUUAUAGAAGCCAAUAAGCAUGCAGAUGUUAUAUUUCCAAGGGAUAUUUGUGUUUCAGCACCCACAGGAAGUGGUAAAACCCUUGCUUUUGUUUUGCCUGUCAUACAGGCACUCAAAGGUAAAACCAUCAAGAAAAUUAGGGCUCUUGUUAUUUUGCCUACACAAGAUUUGGCAACACAGGUUUUCAAGACUUUUAGGUUGUAUGCACAAAACACAAACUUGGAUAUAUGUUUGAUAACAGGAAAUAAUCCAUUUGCUUUCGAGCAAAAACAACUAGUUUCACAAAAUGAAGCAUUUGGUUUUGUCAGUAAAGUGGAUAUAUUAGUUUGUACUGCAGGUAGGCUUGUGGAUCAUUUAAAACUUACCAAAGGUUUUUGUUUAAAGAAUUUGGAGUUUUUGAUUAUUGAUGAAGCUGACAGGGUUUUAGACAGUGUUCAAAAUGACUGGUUGUAUCAUUUGGAAAAACACAUUUAUGAAGAAGAUGUUAACUCUCAAACCAGUAAAAUUCUAAACCUUACCUCCCUUCAAAAAAGAAGACCCCCUCAAAAACUUCUAUUCUCUGCCACAUUAUCCCAAGAUCCAGAAAAAUUACAAAUACUCUCCCUAUUCCAACCAAAACUAUUCACAUCCGUGGUAGAAACUGAAGAAGGUACCUCAAAUACAACAAUAAACACCGAAACAUUUAUUGGAAAAUACACAACGCCAAAAGAAUUAACAGAAAAAUAUGUUGUAACAUCGUUGGAUUUAAAACCGCUGGUUUUAUACAAAUUUAUAAAGCAAGAAAAAUUGACGAAAACUAUUAUUUUUACUCAUUCUGUGGAAAGUGCUCAUAGAUUAAUGAUUUUACUGAAAUCUUUGUUCAAAGAUGAAAUGAAAAUACAGGAGAUAUCUUCUCAUUUCCAAGUAAAAAACAGGAAUGACCUAAUCGCUAAGUUUUCAGCUGGAGAAAUUGAUUUGUUGGUUUGUACAGAUGCCUUAGCUAGAGGUAUUGAUUUUCCAAAUGUUCAAUGUGUUAUAUCAUACUCUGCACCUAAACAUUUAAAAACUUAUAUUCACAGAGCUGGUCGUACAGCCAGAGCUGGUGAAACUGGUUUAGCAGUAACAUUAUUACACAAAACACAGUUAACAAUUUUUAAAACUUUGUUAAAACAAGCUGACAAAAAUAAUGUUGAAGAAUUAACCAUAUCUGAAGAAGAUUUAGAACCCCUAGGAGAACAGUAUAAACAAUCUUUAGAGGACCUAAAGAAAACUAUUCUUAAAGAAGAAAAAGAAGACCUUCAAAAAUCGAAAAACGCAAAAAGAAAAGUUCUGAAAAGAAAAAGGAAAAAUUCUAUACAAAGUAAUAGCAGUAAACAAUCAACAUAAUGUCAUUAUAUUUUUUUCCUAUUUAAAAUACAUUUUUUAUUUAAGUUUU